AUGUCUUUGGUGCAGCACGUUUCAGCAAUCGAUGGCGUGGAUCGUGAACCAGAACCCGAUGGCGACGCAACCUACACCACGGAGGUUGCCUCCAACCUGGACUCCCUGGCUCCCAUCCGGCGCAAGAUCAGCUAUGAUAUUCUCCCUCAGUCUCAUCCGGAGACAGGGGAUAAACAAGCGACGCCGGCCUAUAAGGUCUCAAAUAUAAAACGAUUUGUCCAGGUAGUCAUCACGGUUCUAGCUUGUUCGUUCGCUUCGGGAAUCGUAUUUGGCUUUGCAGCAUUGAAACCUAUUCUCGUAGAAGAAGGCGUAUACCGUAGCCUGUGUACGGAGGAGGAGCUACAACACGAUGUGGGGAUCUGCCACAAGCAAGAUAUGAAAUUGAAUCUAUUCUUCACAAUCGGCUCCAUUACAGCAAAUGUAUCAGCUCUCCCGGUCGGGACCAUCCUGGACCGCUUUGGUUCUCGCAUGUGCGGGUUUGCAGGCUGUUGUGCAUUAACCAUCGGGUGCUUGCUAAUGUCAGCUUCUUUUUCGUGGGCAGGAUUCGACGGUUACAUUGUCGGCAAUUUCUUCCUAGCUCUAGGAGGGACUUUCAUUUUCGUCCCCUCAUUUCAGAUCGCCAAUGCCUUUCCCAGGUACAUAGGCACGAUUGUCGCUCUAGUCACCGGCGCAUUUGAUGCCUCGGCAGCGAUGUACCUAUUCUACCGUCUAUUAUAUAAAGUAGAUCACCAGACAUUUGGACCCAAAUGGUUUUACCUGGCUUACCUGACAGUCCCGGCGCUAAUUUUCGUCUCCCUACUGAUCAUCAUGCCCACUCACGACUAUCAAAGCUCACGUCUGCUCUACGCCAAAAUCGAGAAGGCAGAAGAUGCUACCCGCGACGUUCAUGACUCUGACGAAGAGAUUGAGAGUGAUGGUGAGCUUCGACGCAUUCGAGAUGAGCGAGCAGAGCGGCGCCGGGUCAAGAUUCGAAAAAUCAACAACAUCCUGGGCGACGAAAGUGAGCGAAAACAACGGGAGCACCAGGAAGAAGAGCGCCAAGUAAUAAGCAGCGUUUGGGGCAUUCUUCACGGGCAGCCUGCGCAGAAGCAGAUGGUAACGCCCUGGUUUAUCUUGAUUGCACUUAUGACGGUCUUGCAGAUGUUGCGGAUGAACUAUUUCAUCGCCACUAUUAGAUCACAGUAUUUAUAUAUGCUGGAUUCGGAACUCCAGGCCGAGAGGCUCAACCACUUUUUUGAUAUUGCACUCCCAGUAGGCGGCGUCAUAUCCACUCCCUUCAUUGGACUGAUCCUUGGUCGUCUCAGCGUUCCGGCUACUCUGGCAACCAUUGUUCUCUUCACGACCGGUAUCGGAGUUCUGAAUUCCGUACCGGCAGUGUGGGCUGGCUACAUGAACAUAGCGCUGUUUGUGCUUCUUCGGCCCUUAUAUUAUUCAGCGAUGUCGGACUAUGCCACAAAAGUUUUUGGGUUUGCAACUUUUGGUCGCAUCUACGGAGCGAUAAUUUGCGUGUCAGGCCUGGCGAACUUUUCACAGUAUGGCCUAGACGCUCUGACUCACGGUCCACUCCAAGGCAACCCCAUUCCAGUUAAUAUUUUUCUGGCGGGGGUAGGGUUUAUAGUGGGGACAGCACUCGUAGCCUACGUAUAUUUUGCCGGAAAGAGCGCAAGGGAUCGACAGCACGAGCUGAUCCAGGAGGAGGAACGGCGAAGGUUGAUUGAAGAGGACUGGGGAGAUCUCUGA